UAGGAUGCCUCUUUUAGAACCUGAGGUAUGUACAACCCUCCACGGCGCUAGAAGGGCUCGCUUAGGGGAGCUCGAAGAAUUGAAGUUAUUUUUACGUUCACGGAAAAGCACGUUUGCCCCCGCGUGUGAGUGCUAAUCACUACUAUCAACUGACCGUUUGCUGAUUGUCCGUUGACCAUUCGGCAUCUGGUUUGCAUCUGUGGCGAUUCCCAAAAACCAAUCUCUGCCUUCAAGGGAGGUGAUGAAGAGGUCACUUUUACGUUUCAGGCAUGGGAACGGGCGGUUAGGAUUAGGAUUGCAACGGCAAGAUGUUUCAGAGCGGGGAUAAAUUAGUCUUGGGAUUUCCGCAGGCGUUUGACAGGUGGAUCAACUGCACGGCUUCAGUACUUCGAGAAGACGGGCGCGAGACUCGACCUUGAAUGCUCAAGCAUGCCAUGAUCCACCUCAAUGCUGACGCAUAUCUCGUUCUCCAUCGCUGACUUCUUUCACCUUUUCUUUUCCAGGCAUGACCAGUCGACAAGGGUCGAUCAUAUGCCAUGGCGGCUGAUUUCGAUCAUAAGGCUCCAAGAUGCCGAGAAGCCCGGUGACAUUCUUGCAGAUGGUCAUUUAUCGAAGUACCUGACGACAUGCUUCGGCUUCAGUAUGGGGUGGCCUUUGAGGUUACAGGUACAGUGCUACAUUAUUGUUGACAGUGGUGUGCGAGGUGUCUGUCUGGCUUGUGACGUUGGUAUCGAUAAGGAAGCUCGCUAGCCUCGGCCUCGGCUACUGUAAGGAUACCUUCAGCCUUGGCCUCGACGCAGGAGGAACCAUUAAGUUCCAGGUGACUUUUGGCUGCUUCAAGAGCAUGCACCUUUUAAUAUCGUCAUGACUAGUUCCAACCAAGAGAAGUCUUUCGCGGCCGCAACAGCUGUGAAAGCACUAUCCUCGAACCUCUACGAGGCUUUCUUUCCCGAUGAUUGGGCUAUCGGUUCAGUCCCCCAUGGAGGCUACGUAACCUCGGUAUUCUUACAAGUUGCAAGUGCUCACUUCAAUACGACACUUUCCGCUCAAAAACAACCUCAUACCAUCGCUUUACAUCUCGACUUCCUUCGACGUACUCAAGAGGGCCGAGCUCUGUUUACAGUCAAGAACACUAAGCUGGGUCGCCAGACUUCAGUAAUCCAUAUCACGCUCUCCCAGGAUGGCCGGGAAGAGGUUGCUGGCUCCCUUACGCAAAGCGAUAUCAGCUCUGAAUCCGGUGUCUCAUUUGACACUGGGUUCUCACUCACCCCAGCCCCUCUAUCAGUGGACUUGAUAAAGUUAAAAGAGGACAACGAUGACAACUGGAAGAAAUCAGGACCCAUGCCGUUUGCCGAGUUCAGAAAAGCAACCAGGAAGACGCAGUUCUACCUCCCUCGCAACGGCCAAGCAACUUGGAGCUGGGCAGAUCAGUGGAUCAGAAUGAGCAACGGAGAGAAAUGGACGAACGAAUCUAUCGGCUACGUGGUGGACAUGUUCAUGAUGCCCGUUGAGGCCCAUCUCCAGCUCGAGGUUGCUGAGAAAACGGCUGCUGGAUCCGGGACUGGCUCACCGAGGAAGUUUUGGUACCCGACUGUGUUGUUGAAUUUGGAUGUUAAGAAGGCAUUGCCGACGGACGGGGUGGAAUGGCUAUUUAGUAGAACAACAGCGAAGCAGGUGAAGAACGGAAGGAUGGAUCUAGAGAUUAUUGUCUUGGAUGAGCAAGGCGACAUUGUGGCUUUAAGCCAUCACAUUGCUUUAGCCGUUGACUCCUCGAGGAACCUUGCGAAGCGAAUCACUGGAAACAGUAAGAUGUGAGCUAUCGUAGCUCACGUGGGUGGUGAUGGAAUACCUUCACUACCAACAACCCACCUAUAGCCACUGCAGGCUAACCUUCGCAGAUAGCUCUCCUAUAGAUUUUAGUGCUGUAAGACAAUCGCCUCAAUUUCCCCCACAACGACCACAUACCAUAAUUCUAGUAAUAAAGGAGGGCUGAAUAGCAAUUUGGUCACUAGACAUAUUCUCAUCUUUUCUGGUGUUACUCCCGAAGGCAGACUGGAUACUAGGUGGGCAUCGAGUGAUAGAAGCAGUAAAUAUUGAAGAGACUUAGGCACGUACCGAUGACAUGACGCAUAAUGGGCAGGUGAUGUGGAUA